AGGAGGAGAAGAUUGGAGUUGUUACUAGUGUCAGCAAUGUCAUGACUGGGAAACCAAUAGUUUGCGACGUUUAGAGCAACAACCCGGAAGUGGAAGUAUGUCUCCCCACGUGUGGUCUUCUCUCUCUCCUGUGUACAUAUAGAAGUGAAUGUGGCAGGCAGCCGUGCUGUGAUCGGGUAUGAGUCCUCUGCACCCCACCAUCACAGAGGACAUAGCCUGUCUAUGAGGCUGGUCCGUGGUUCUUCCAUGUGGAGUCUAUACGUCUACCCUGUAGAGUCGAUAUGAAGACGAAUAAAGGACGCACAGGCCGACGGAGGAAACGGAAACACAUGGAAGUAUCUGCAGUGAAUCAAAGCUGUGACAUCCGGUACGUUCAGCUGAGAAAGUGGCUGAAGAUCAGGGGCUUCUGUGACAGCCAGCUGAGGACAGCGCAUUUUCCAGAUACGGGCAGGGGUCUGAUGACAACACAUCUACUGCAGCCAGGAGAUCUGAUCAUUUCUUUGCCGGAGUCCUGUCUUCUUACCACCGACACGGUCCUGGAAAGCUACCUUGGAGAUUAUAUCAGAAGGUGGCGUCCCCCUGUCUCCCCUUUGUUGGCGUUGUGCACUUUCUUAGUCGUAGAGAGAUACACCGGUGACCGGUCCCUGUGGAAACCAUAUCUAGAUGUAUUACCCAGCAGGUAUGACUGCCCAGUUUAUUGGGAUCCAGAAAUAGUGAUGCUCCUUCCAGAACCUGUCCGACAAAAAGCCGAGCAGCAGAGGAGCGUCGUUCAGGAGUUCUACUCUUCCCAUGUGUCGUUCUUCAGAUCCCUGCAGUCCUUGUUUCAGGAGAACGCCGAGAGUAUCCUGACCUAUGACGCUGUGCGCUGGGCCUGGUGCGCAGUCAACACUCGUACAGUUUAUAUGAAACACGCACAGAGAGACUGCUUUUCUUCUGAACAGGAUGUGUAUGCAUUGGCACCAUUCUUAGAUCUACUGAACCACAGCCCUGGUGUGCAGGUGGAAGCUGCAUUUAAUGAGAAGAUCAGACGUUAUGAGAUCAGGACUAAAGUGAAGUAUAGGAAGUAUGAACAAGCAUUUAUUUGCUAUGGACCCCAUGAUAAUCAGCGACUUCUGCUAGAAUACGGAUUUGUGGCGGCUCAUAAUCCCCAUCAGAGUGUCUAUGUGACUCCAGAUGUCAUCCUCCAGUUUUUAUCUCGCACAGACAAACAGCUACAGAAGAAAUGGUCACUACUGAAGGAAAAUGGAUUUUUAGAAAAUUUGACAUUUGGACAGGAUGGGCCCACCUGGAAGCUUCUAACAGCUCUCAGACUUCUGUGUCUGGGUUCUGAAGAAUUCACAUACUGGAAAAAAGUUCUUCUGGGAAGUUUUGUGUCGGAGUCCAACGAGAAGAGCUGCAUGGAACUUGUGAGGAAGAUUUGCCAGCACUUACUAGAACAGACUUCAUGGGCUCUACAGAAGAUCUCUGCUUGGAAAAAAGAACGCACAACAAGUCACCAUCUUGCCUUGGUGGAAGAAUUACGACUGGAAGAACUGAGGAUUCUGCAAAGUUCGGACAAACUUCUACAGAACGGGGUCCUUCUGUCACUGUAGAUCUGUGCUUGUAUGUGAUGUUUACAUAUGCACAUGUUUUACAGCCGACUCUCGCCCUUUUCCAGCAUACCUCAUUUUAAAUGUAGCUGUAAAUAUUUGUAUGUUGGGGGCUGCACUACAUAGAAACACAAGGAAAGAAGAGUGAAAAAAAAA